AAUAAAUUGUUCAAAAUCGAGGAAGAAGCACAACAAAAGUUGUAAACACUACCGCUCCUAAAAACUUUUGCAAUUUUUGCGAAAUAUAAUAAAAAUAAUGGGUCGCAGAUAUCAUUGCGAUUAUUGUGAAAAGUCCUUCAAGAACGACGUGGUGUCCAUCAAAAAGCAUCUAUCAUCUCUUCACCAUGAAAGAGCACGGCAGGAAUAUCAUGCCCAAUUUAAAGACUUGGCGACAAUCUUGCAAGAAGAAAGUGCAAAAAGGACGUGUUCGAGGUUUGCCAAUGGUGACUGCCAAUUUGGAGCAAUGUGUCGGUUCAGUCACUACUCCCCAGGCCAACUGCAGUUUUUCCGUCAGCAGGUUGAAGAAGAGCGAAGGAAAAAAUCAGAAGAGCCAUCCCUGACCGACUGGCUGCAAAAACGAUCAACCGCUCUUGAGCAGCACAAACUGCCCUGCACUUCCGGGUCGGAGGACAAUGUGAACAGGGUGGUCUGGGCCCCGCCACCGUCAAUCAGCAUGCACCAAAAUUUGCCUCCAUCUCUGCAACCUGUGCACGUCAGGGAUUUUGAAAAUUUUCAACCACAGAAUUGGGGAUAGUGAAAAUUAAGUGAUGCACCUUGAAGACUGAUGAAAAAAAUUUCCAGUAUUUUUGUUUUGCCUGACAAUGAAAUUAAACUAGGAUAAAAAAAAAUUACACUCUAAAUCAAUUUGUUUCUUAAUUUACUUUAUUUACAAAAUUGUCUUCAAUACUAUCCCAUCGGUAAGUUGAAGAGAGAAAGAUAUAAAAUUGUAUAAAAAUAGACACAUAAUAUAUAGAAUGUUUACAAAAUUUAGUGCAGCCUAAGAGAUUAGUAAAGUCUUCUGGAAAAGUUUUGGUUCCGCAAUUAAAAUCUUUCACUAAUUCCAAUAAAGCAUCAAAAUUAUCAUUCAGUUUUUUAUCUAAUGGCAACACAAACUUUUGCAUUUAUAUUACUUAUUUAAAUUAUAUGGUGGGUCACACAUACAAUUUUAAAGGAUAUCCUUAGAGUGUAAAUUCAAGCGUUUGAAAUUGUUUUGAUUUUUAAGAAGAUCACAAAAGCAAAGACUUAAACACAAUGCAGUCCACAAAUGCACUCUGGUUAUAAUGAAUAUGACAUAC